UCUCUUAUCAGAAGCUUUUGUUUUAUGCUGUUUAUUUACCAGCUUUUAAUCUCAUUUUGGAGUUAUAUGAUGAUUUUAAUAUAAGUGAAAUUGUUUCUACCUACCUACCUAACUACUCCUGUGUAAUUCAGACAGUUCAGAUAAUUAAAGUUUCUUCAUCUUUGUUCAUGUUUGUUUUAAUACGUGACUUGUAUUAUGGAGUUUCCCAAAGGUGUUUUACAAAAAUAAGUGGAAAAUGUCAAUACUCGACUACUUUUUAGUUUUUCUUGUAUUUUUUUUUAUCAUCAGUUUUCUUCUGCUGGAAUUUCCCUGUCGUAGGUCUAUUGGAAAGAGUUAUAUGCCCAAACCAAAUUGAUGGGUUACCAACUGAAUGAUAAUAUGAUUCUUUCCGUCGAGUAAAGAUCUAAUUUUUCUUACUUGAGCUCAUAACAUGUGGAAACUCAAAGGAAGAAACAUCUUCACCUGGUCUUAUAAUUCAUAUAAGACUAGUGAAGUUGCUGUAGAGAAACCAAUUGAGGGAUCUGUGAACCGAGAUGCUGUCCUUGCGAGAGUUGCAACAGAGAAGAGGUUGUCACUGAUCAAAGCAUGGGAAGAAAGUGAAAAGUCAAAAGCAGAGAACAAGGCUUACAAAAACAUUUCAUCAAUUUCUGCAUGGGAGAACAGUAAGAAAGCUGCAACAGAGGCUGAAUUGAGAAAGAUUGAAGAACAACUGGAGAAGAAAAAGGCAGAAUAUGCAGAGAAGUUGAAAAACAAAAUAGCUACAAUCCACCGAGAAGCUGAAGAAAAGAGAGCAUUUACUGAGGCCAAAAAAGGUGAAGAUUUCUUGAAGGCAGAAGAGACAGCUGCAAAGUACAGGGCAACUGGAUCAGCCCCAAAGAAACUCUUCGGUUGUUUCUAUUAAGCCUGUUCAUUUAUAAAAAUGUAGUAUUACUAUUAUUAUUACAUGUGUGGUUUGGUUGUCUUUUGUUGAGUUUUAGUUCAUCUUCAUUUAUUAUUGUGUGCACAGAGAUAUGUUGUUGGUGUGUAUACAACAAUUACUAUGUGCAUACAAAAAAUUGAAUUAUUCAAUUUGGGUAAUACCAAUUUCUUGUACCA